CACUCUGCCUAAAACUCUCUUCCUGUUGUUCCAGUUCCAUUUCUGCUCCAAUAUCAUUUUACCCCGUUAUUUUCCAACAACAUACGCAGUUUGGCUCACCUUGGGCAACUAUGUUGACCGUACUCCUCUUCGUGGGAGCACUUUUAGAGCACACCAAUGCAGAUUUCCUCACGAAUGUCCUGAAGGAAGAGGAUGGGGUUGUAUCAGGAGUACUGACCGACUCCGUGCUGCUGCGUCUGCCGCCAUGCAGUCUCCAGGGUCAGAACGUGAGCCUGAAAUACACAAUCAACAACACCAUGGACAGCUGGACCUUGGAAAACAUAUUCAAAGUGCCUUCAUGUGAGACAACAACAGAUGCCGGUUCCUUGGUCUCAAGGAGGAUUGGAUACAAAGUGUCAGGUCUGGCUAGUGGAACUACAUAUAGUUUCCAGUUCCAGAUUGGAUCAAACCAGAGCAAUAUUGUGUUAGCAACUACAAAAGCAGGACAGGACUAUGGAGAAAUAGACAUCGGCCUUCCAGCCCGGAGUGGAGCCAUGAUCGUUAUUACUGUGAUACUGUCUGUUGCCAUGUUCAUUCUGAUGGUGGCCCUCACUGUCACUAUUGUCUUAUCAAAUGAUGAUGACUGAAGCAAAAAUAAUCUAUUUAGAAACAUUACACAUUGAUGCUUUUUUUCUGUCUAUGCAUACAUGACUGUCCAACUUAGGUGUUCUAGGUCUGUACGUGGUCUGUGGGUUACUUUAUCAACUGUAUCAAUACUUUGUGUUAAGCCUCAUGGUAGCCUAAUAUGUUAUAUACUGCUAUGCAAUGCAAUAAACCUCUAUCCUUGUAGCCUA